CUGUAAUGAAAAUAGCAACGUAACGGUGAGAGUUAAAUUUUAUUUAGAUGUUCUUUGUGUUUUAAGGUUAACUUUCCUUUCAUUUUCGAUUUCUUGUUUUUCCCUCAUAAUUUACAUAAUUUCUUCACAAGGGUAAAUAUCCCACUCAGAGAAAAUGCUGCAAAUCGUUGUGUGUAAGCCUACCUUAAUAUUUUUCUUUCAAAUAGUAAAAAAGUUGAAUGAAAGUAUAUUAUAUAAAUAAAGUAUUCAUACAACACAACAGCUAAUUUUAGUUAUGUUCUUGCUUUUGACAGAAAGGUAACAGAUAUAUACACAUGCUCUACAAGUACAAACUAUCAAAACACAAUGCCUCUUGAUAGCUUACUGCUCUAUGUAUUCGAAUUGUUUACGAAAAAAUCUCGAGAUACAACAGCAGACAGACUUGAAAACAGCAACGUUGCUAAUACCUUUGCUCUAGUUUGGACUACAUGGAGGAAGGAUUUCUUCAGCUUUCUGAAUGCAUUAACGAAGUAGAAAGAAAUAGAAAAUAUAAACAAGGAAGUAACAAUGAAAAUUCUCAGGCAACUUGUACUGCCAUCACCAACAGGUAUGAACUUUCCAUUGCCAUACAACGUUCAAAUGUUUUUGAAUCGGCAAAAAAGCGAUUUGAAAAAUCCCGUGUAAAAGCAACGAGAGCUUUCAACAACAGAGACUUAAGCUUGGAGUACAGAAUAUUUGCCGUUUAUGUGAAAGUCAUAGCGCAAAUUUUUGAGUGUCCUGAGAACCCAACGACUGCCAUUAAUUUGUGUUUAUCUUAUAUAACAAAGCUGCAUGAGCUGGAUGGUGUUCGUGAAAUGUUCUCAGUGUCUAUCUCUGGUGGAUUGAGGGCGAUGCUCGAUAAAUCGCAAAGAAUGGAAAAUAUGAAGUCUGUCAUUCUUCUCAACCAUCAUUUGUAUCAGUUCAUUGCAAGGAUCAACAACAAUCAUGAUCAUUUAUCAACUUGGCCAAGUAUUGAAAUUGGAAAAGAAAAAAUUUUUAAUCCAAUGUGUGACUGGUACAAAGUCUUCACUCCCGAGUCUUGGGGUGAAGUGUUGAUUCAUUCUUCCAAAGAAAUGGAAAAAAUGAAAGCCACGAUGUUUCAAAUACUGGAGGAAAUGACUAAAAAUGAGCAUGUCAAAACAUUGCCAUCAUCAGUUGAAGGAACGAAGAACUCAGGAAAAGAAGAUAUUUUGAUUGCUGGAGGAUACUCACAAGCUACGUUAAAAAGUGUUGAGAUAUUUUCAUGGAAGGAAGAGAAAUGGUUUAAUAUUGCAUCAAUGAAAAAUGAACACUGGUUGGCUUCGUCGUUUAUUUAUAAUGAUAAUCUAUUUGUUGUUGGAGGUAGUGGUAGCAAGUCAACAGAGACAUUGAAUCUCAAACAGUUACCUUUGACAUGGAAGACAUUUCCUGGAGAGCUUCCUUAUGAUUGCUAUGCUCAUCAAACUGUUGUUUAUAAACAACAAAUUCUUUACAUCGGUGGUUUUAAUGAAGACAAAAGAACAGCAUCUGAUCUGAUCAGUAAAUUACAGAUUACUGGUGCCACAUCUUGCGUUUUAAAAGAGUUGUGUUACUUGCCUGAACCAAGAGAGUACCAUGGAGCUGAGGUGGUUGAUGAUAAAAUUUUUAUUUUUGGAGGAAUGGGGAGAGAUAACAACAUUUUGUCAAGUGUUUUGGAGUUUUCCUCACCUCUUAAAUGCAAUAAAAGGCCUCCAUUACCUUAUUCAUUGUUUGGAAUGGCAACAGUUAGAUGGAAAGAUCAAGUUGUUCUUCUUGGAGGUUAUAAUGGAAGAGAAGUAUUGAACAGUGUUGUCAUGUAUGACAGUAAGACAGGUCAGACCACACUCUUACCAUCCAUGUUGGAAAAUAGAACUAGGUGCUGUGCAGUUAUAACAGAUGAUACAAUUGUCGUAAUGGGAGGUUUGAAUGAUAAAGUUGAAGGUCUUAAAUCAGUGGAAUGUUUUAAAAUAGGAAGCAGUUCUUCAUGGACAUACCUUCCUUCAAUGAGUCAACCAAGAUUUGGAGCCAUUACUGAAAUUUUACCCUUUGGACAAAAAUACAUUUAA